AUGUCCACUCCACAAAAUACGGCCUCGAGCUUCAUAAAUGUCAGCCGAUGGCAUAUGCCUCCAGCCGAGAAGAGCUGCGGGAGUUGGGUCGGGAUGCCAAGUUCGAGGAUGAUGUUGGCCACUAAAUUAUCGGCGCUGGACUGCCAACGAGGCGAACCGGAAGUUCACGAGCCAGGAGUGGCAGAGGUUUGUUCAACGCGAUCUUCAAAAUGUGGUGCUUCUCCGGCCGCCCCAGGAACAUCUCCUUCAGGCCGCUGGGAGCAUGCUCCGGAAACGGGAUCUGUCCACUCCCUCCGCCGAACUGACCAAGGAGCAGCGCCGCGCUAUCUGCCAGGACCCACGGAUUUUGGAGCUCAGGCGCGCAAAGCGAGAGUAAUAGAGGAGAUGCGAUCCCUUGCUGGGACCAAGAAGAAAGCCCAGAAGGCUUUCCCGCAUCUCUACCAGAGGCACGAAUCGCUUUGCAAGGAGCUUUCUCAGUUGAGGAAAACAUUAGCCAAGGACACCAAGGAGACCGCCAGGAAAGAGCACUUCUAUAAUGCGCCUAUCCUUGAAGUCGACAGGCAGAUCAAGCGACUUCUCAGUCAGGCCGACCCUGAGGACUGUAAUGUUAACAGCCCCGACAAGAAGGACUGGGAACUUCCUAUCCCCACCUAUAUCUUCCCGGAGCGGGAACGGCUUGUUGACAAUUUUUAUGGCCCAGACGCAGAGAGUUACGAGGACGAUAAGCUUCUUGCAAGACGUAUCCAGGCAACUAAAGAUAUGGUUGCGCUCAGCACCCUCUGUGAACCGAAUCGGCGGGGCGAUCGAGUCAACUGGAAAUUUGACGAUGACGAGUCUGCGGAACUGGAAAAACCUUGCUUUCUCGAAGAAGAAACUCUUGACUGCCCGACAGAUCGACAAGAUUCUCUUCGGCGGCAUCUCAUCGAUUGUCACCUCGCAAAGGCGUACGAUAGGAUCAGAUGCACCUGGAAGAUGUGCCAUGAUGUGCCGAAGUUCACCAAAAUCGCUGAUUUCUUGGCCCAUGCUAUAUAUGUGCAUGCAUACGAUGUCAAUAUUCAGCUGAAACAUCUUCCGCCGAGACAGCCUGUUAGUGGCCGUGAAGAUUCAUCUUCUGAUGAUUCAGAUUCCUCUUCUGACUCCAAUCGCCAUUCCGGCAUAGACACCCCCGCUUCCUCUAUCACAUCUGAAAUAACGAACACCGAUCCUCGCUUGAUCGAAUCUGGUUCUGUUCAUUCUACACAGUGCUUAGUGCGUCGGUCUAAGAGAAUCAAAGUAUCUGUAUGAAAUAUAGAUACAUGGGCUGAUUUGACAGCUUGCACAACGAUAAUUCCGAUCCAUCUUCUUAGUAUAGAAUCUCCACACACACAUCUAUCAUUUCGGCGCGUUUCAGUCCUUUCCAUGAACAAGUUGCCUUUACUUCUAAAGUAUAAUAUUUUACCUUUAUUGUAUUUUAAAUGUUUCACAACUUCUGUUACUCUGUGCUUUGUCCAUCAAAUCUACUUCAAGUUGAAUAAGUCCUAACAUG